UGUUAGGACCAUUACCUUUGUUAUUAAAAAAAAAUGUAAAGUGGCACUGGGGUCCAAGUCAUGACAAUUCGUUUGAAGGAGCAAAACAACUUCUUCAGUCACAUCAGUUGUUAGUACAUUUUAACCCUCAGGAAGAUUUAGUACUGAGUUGUGAUGCAUCUCCGUUUGGUCUUGGUGUUGUUCUGUCUCACAAAUACAAAGAUGGUAGUGAGAAACCAAUUUCAUUUGCAUCCAGAACUUUAAAUAAUGCUGAACGUAAUUAUGCUCAUAUUGAAAAAGAGGCAUGUGCUAUUCUAUUUGGUGUACGUAAAUUUCACAAAUAUUUGCUGGGCAAGAAAUUUACUAUUGUCACAGAUCAUAAACCAUUGUUGGGUCUUUUCAGUGAACUGAAAGCUAUGCCAACUACCUUGUCUGCCCGAAUGACUAGAUGGUCUUUAAUAUUAAAAGCAUACGAGUAUACUAUUGAGUACAAGCCUGGGAAAUCCCAUGGUAAUGCUGAUUCGUUAAGUAGAGUACCCAUUUCUAACAUAAAGUGUAAUUAUGAGGAACACAUGUGUUUGAUGUUGGACGAGUUAGACUCGUCACCAUUUACUUCUGAUGAUGUAAAGUUUUGGACAAGUCGUGAUCCUUUGUUAGCUCAUGUCCGUGAAUUUGUAUUACGUGGUUGGCCAGAAAAACCUCCAAAUGAGAGCUACAGGCCAUUUUUCAGAAUUCGUAAUGAGCUUACUGUAGUUGAUGGAUGUAUUGUUUGGGGUACACGUGUGGUAAUUCCACCACAAGGUAGAACAGAACUUCUCAGGGAGCUACAUGUAGCACAUCCUGGAAUGAACCGUAUGAAAGGUUUAGCCCGUAGUUAUGUUUGGUGGCCAUCCAUGGAUGCGGAAAUUGAAAAUAAAGUUAGAUGUUGUGAUGUUUGUCAACAAAAUCAGAAAUCUCCAGCAAAAGCUCCAUUACAUCCUUGGGAAGUUCCUAAUAAACCUUGGACUCGUGUUCAUAUUGAUUAUGCUGAGUAUGAAAAAUAUAAUCUUUUAAUAAUAGUUGAUGCGUAUUCUAAGUGGAUCGAGGCUCACAGAAUGACCUCCAUCACUUCAGCUGCCACAAUUUUGAAAUUGAAACAAGUGUUUGCUACUUUAGGCAUUCCUGAAAUUUUAGCAUCAGAUAAUGGGAGUAAUUUUACUAGUGAUGAAUUUUCACAUUUUCUUAAUGUAAAUGGUAUUACACAAAUCUUAGUAGCACCAUACCAUCCUUCAUCCAAUGGUUUGGCUGAAAGAGCCGUUGAAAUUGUUAAAGAUGGUCUUAAUAGAGUUAAAGACGGUACUAUUGACGAGAGAUUAGCUGAGAUUUUAUUUCGCUAUAGAAUCAUUCCACAUUCGAGAACCCAAGUUUCACCCGCUGAACUUUUAAUGAAGCGUAAGCUUAGGUCUCGUCUUGAUUCUGUACACCCACAGUUUAAUAAAAAAAUUGUUGAAUCUCAAAGGAAAAUGAAAGUUUUCCAUGAUCAAAAUGUUAAAGAGAGACAAUGUUCCAUUGGUGAUACAGUUUGGACUCGAAGUUAUGGUUAUGGUAGUCCUUGGGUUAAGGGAAAAAUAGAAUCUAAGUCGGGUCCUGUAUCUUACACAGUGAAAUUGUCUGAUGGUCGAUGGGUUCGUCGCCAUAUUGAUCAUAUUGGUUCUAAACAUUUUGAGUCAACUUCAAUUGAAUUAUCAAAUACUAAUAGUUCAAAUCCUGUACAAUCAGUGGAAGAUCUUAAAGUUUCACCGAGUGAUAUUACUAGUACAAGUGCUAUUUCUACUAGUCAUAAACCUGUUAUUGAAAACAAUACUGUAGAAAACUCUAAUCCUGUUUCUGUACAUGUUACACCCAGUAGUGAAAGGGGUAACGUUGAGAAAGAUAGUAUUGCAGUGAGUAGACCAAGAAGAGAGAUAAAAAUACCAGAAAGAUUUAAAGAUUUUGUAUUGACAGAUACUAAAAGUAGUUGCAUUUAA